UUUGCUCGAAUACCAAACUUAACAGACUCUACAAUGUCCAACAAGCUCCAAGGCAAAGUAGCCAUAAUCACCGGCGGAGCAAGCGGCAUCGGAGAAACCACUGCCCAUCAUUUCGCCGCCCACGGUGCCCGUAUGAUCGUGAUCGCCGACAUCCAAGAUGAAUUAGGCCAAAAAGUAGUCGAAUCGAUCGGCUCCGAUAAGUGCUCAUUCGUGCAAUGUGACGUUACCGACGAAGAGCAAGUGAAGGACUUGGUCCAGUCGACUGUCCAACACCACGGGCGGCUCGACAUCAUGUUCAGUAACGCCGGGAUAUUUAGCAACUCGGCUCAAACCGUCCUCGAGCUAGACUUUGCGGAGUUUAACCGCCUUUUCGCCGUCAACGUGCGCGGCAUGUCUGCCUGCGUGAAACAAGCCGCGCGAGCCAUGGUGGAACUGAAGAUAAGAGGUAGCAUCGUCUGCACGGCGAGCACAUGCGGCAGCUCCGGCGGCGAAAGGGACACCGACUACUUCAUGUCGAAGCAUGCGGUGAUUGGGUUGGUGAGAUCGGCAAGCAAACAGCUCGGGGCGCAUGGGAUUAGGGUGAACAGCGUGUCGCCUUUUGUUGUGGGAACUCCGUUGCUCUACCGUUACCUGGGAAAAGAGGCGGAGGAGACGGAGAAGCUCUUCGAGCCGUACACUAGCUUGAAAGGGGCGGUGCUGAAAACGAAGCACGUUGCUGACGCGGUGGUGUUUCUGGCCUCUCAGGAUUCUGAGCUUGUUACUGGCCAUGACUUGGUGGUUGACGGUGGUUUUCUUCUCAAAUAGACAGUAGAUGUUUGAUUAUUUUCCGCCGUCAACCACAGUUUGUGGUGA